AUGUCUGUCCUGUCCUACAAGUCCCAGGACCCGUACAGUCUGGCAUCUGUGCCAGACAAAAUGGCAGUGUUCCAGGAGUGCUUGCAACAGUUCAAUGCCCUGCCGGUGGACGCGAAAAAGUGUCGACAGUUGUUGGCUAAGCUCUUGCGCUUGAUCUACCAAGGGGAGCUGUUUCCGCUGCAAGAGUCAACGACGUUGUUUUUCUCUAUCUCCAAGUUGUUCCAGCACAAGAACUCCUCGUUGCGUCAGUUGGUGUACUUGACUAUCAAGGAGCUUUCGGCGACCUCGCAGGAUAUUUUGAUGGUGACUUCUUCAAUCAUGAAGGAUAUCCAGUCGGGUCUGUUGAUUUAUAAGCCUAACGCCAUUAGAACGCUCUCCAAAGUGUUGGAUCCAACCACCGUAUCUGCAUCAGAGAGAUUGUUCAAAAACUGUUUGGUUGACAAGAACCCAAUUGUGUCCUCUGCAGCAUUGAUCUCCUCCUACAACUUGUUGCCUAUUGCCAAAGACGUGGUGAAGCGCUUCACUAAUGAAACGUUGGAGACCAUCCAGUCAUACAAGCAGUUUCCACUGGAUCAGUUCCAGUUGCACGAGUACUACGGCGCUUCAACUACAAACUUACCUGCGAACUCGUACAUGUACCAGUACCAUGCAUUGGGCUUGUUAUAUCAAUUGAGAAAUCACGACAAGAUGUCAUUGAUGAAACUUAUCACCAGUUUGGCGGACGGCCCCGCCCUCAAAAACUCCUUGUCCAUAAUCCAACUCAUCAGGUACAUCAACAAAGUAUUGUUGGAUGACGAGUCCCUCAUCACCCACUUGCACCCUAUCUUGGCGGGCUUCUUGAAACACAAGUCUGACAUGGUGGAAUUGGAGGCUUGUAAGACAUUGAUUGGCUUGCAGCAUCUCAUAAAGGAGGAUGACUUCAUGAACAUUAUUCUUACUCUUCAAAAAUUGUUGAGCGUUCCAAGAACUGCAACGAGGUUUGCAGCAGUGAGAUUGAUCAACAAAAUCUCGAUAAAGCACCCAGAGAAGAUCAUGGUGGUGAACCUAGAGUUGGAAGGCUUGAUCAAUGACAGCAAUAGAUCUGUCUCCACCUUGGCCAUCACAACCUUAUUGAAGACCUUGGGUGUCGGUACCGUUGAAUCUGCUUCUGCCUCCAGCUCCGAGAAUGUGGACAGAUUGAUUUCUAAGAUGACAUCGAUGAUGGAUGAAAUUACCGAAGACUUCAAGAUCACAAUAAUAGAGGCCAUCGAGAACUUAGCUCUUAAGUUCCCAUCCAAGCAUAAGAAGCUUGUGUCGUUCCUUUCCGACUUAUUGAGAGACGAUGGCACUUUGCAAUUGAAGUCAAGUAUCGUCGAUGCCUUGUUUGACUUGAUCAAAUUUUUGUCCGAUAAGUCUGCUAAGCAGCUCAUCUUGAUGAACUUGUGUGAGUUCAUCGAAGACUGUGAAUACACAGAAUUGUCUGUGAGAAUAUUACACUUGUUGGGUGACGAGGGUCCAGCCACUGCCAAUCCGUCGUACUAUAUCAGACACAUCUACAAUAGAUUGGUUUUGGAGAAUUCCAUAGUCAGAUCGUCCGCUGUCAUUGCCUUAUCCAAAUUCGCUGUUCAAUGCGAUGAGACUGUUGCACAGAACGUCAAAAUUUUGCUCAGUAGAUGUUUGAACGAUGUUGAUGAUGAAGUUAGAGAUCGUGCAUCUUUGUCAUUGAGUUUCAUCGACAGUAAACGUCCUCAGUUGGUCGUCACAGAAGUGGGUUUCAAUUUGGCGGCUUUGGAAAGCAAGUUGUCUCAUUACCUCAAUGACGAAAGUAACUUUGGACAUAAGUUUGACAUCGAUGAGAUUCCAUUGCUUAGUAAGGAGGAGCAGAAAUCUCUUGAGUACAAUACGAAGAUUAAGAAGUUGGAGAAGACUGAUGAUGUUGAGAUUGAGAGCGAGAAGUCCUCCGCAGGCACAAGAUCUAAGGAGGAGUCUCAAGGUGCAAGUGACAAUGCUCAAGAGUAUUUGAGACAACAAGAGUACGCUGCCAACUUGUCUAGUAUUCCAGAAUUUGCUGGUCAUGGUAAGUUGACGAGUUCCUCCGCCUCGCCAUUGUAUUUGACUGACAGGGAGAAUGAGUUCGUUGUUACCGUUGUCAAACACUUCUUUGUGGAGACACAAAAACUUAUAUUGCAGUUCGAUGUGACGAACACUUUGUCAUCCUUGGUAUUGCAGGAUGUCAGUGUUGUUGCUCAGCCGGACAACGAGCUCUACGAGGAGGAGUUCACCCUCCCAUUGGCUGAAUUGAAGCCUGAGCAAACAGGAAGCACCUAUGUAUCAUUCAACACGCCGGCCAUCGGUGAUGACGAUCUUCUUGCAGCUUUCGGAAACACUCUUAUAUACACUUCGAAGGAUACUAUCGAUGAAGAAGGCAACAUAGAUCCAGCUGAUGAAGGCAUCGAAGAUGAAUACCAGAUUGACGACUUGGAGGUAACAGCUGGUGACUUCAUUCAGCCAAUGUACAACUCCAAUUUUACUAGCAUCUUUGACCAGUUGCCCGAAAGCGAAGGCAGUGUGGUGACAAUCGGUGGUGUUUCCAACUUGGAGAACGCUGUCAACAAGUUGAAGAAGAGUUUGAACGCUAUGCCAUUGGAUGGCUCCGACUACGUUCCAGCCGACCUGACCGCCCACGUUUUGAAGUUGCUAGGAAAAGAUUUGUGGGGUGGAAAAGUCGGAGUGUUGGUGAGACUUGCGCAAACCCAGGGUAAAGUUGUUGCUAAGUUGCAGGUGAAGGGAGAGACACCAGGCUUCGCAGGGGUGGUUGCCAAUGGAGUGCAGUAG